AUGGAAGCGAUGGGCGGGUUGUGGCAGUGGCUGUCGGGGCCAGAGGAGCAGCGACUGCUGGAAAUCCUGUCCUACGGGCUGGUGGGCGCGGGAGCGCUCUCCGCGCUGCUGCUGCGCUUCGUGUGGAUGCCGUACGGGCGCUACUCCACGCGGCGCUUGGGCUGCCCUGUGCCCGUCCGCCUGGCCUGGGCGCUGCAGGAGCUGCCGUCGCUGCUGGUCCCGCUGGGGCUGAGCCUCUUUAGCGGCGCGGCCCGCGUCUCCAAGUGGCCGAACCGGGUCCUGCUGGCGCUCUUCAUCGGGCACUACGCACACAGGGCACUCAUCUUUUCUUUCUUGAUUCGUGGAGGAAAACCAACACCAUUCAUUACUUUUGCACUAGCACUCAUAUUCUGUGUCUAUAAUGGAUACUUGCAAGGUCGGAGCUUAAGUAAUUAUGCAGAAUAUCCUUCUGGUUGGCUGAAAGGUCCUUGUUUCAUUGUAGGUUUUGCAGGGUGGCUGAGUGGCAUGACAAUUAAUAUCUAUUCUGAUCACAUUCUCAGAAAUCUGAGAAAACCAGGGGAAACGGGCUACAAAAUACCAAGAGGUGGAUUGUUUGAAUAUGUAACUGGAGCCAACUUUUUUGGAGAGAUUCUUGAAUGGUUUGGAUUUGCUCUUGCCAGCUGCACUAUUGAAAGUGCUGCUUUUGCCGUAUGCACACUUUUCAUCCUAGGUUCCAGGGCACACCAACAUCAUCAAUGGUAUCUUGAGAAAUUUGAAGACUACCCAAAGUCCAGGAAGAUUGUGAUUCCAUUUGUGCUCUGAGGUGUGCAUCAUGGAGUUGGCUGACUUUGAAUGAUGGUGGUUGCUAUUCUGAAAAUAUUCAGUUCACAAACAACUCCCAACAAGUUAGCCUAAAGGUUUUCUUUUAACAUUUUCAGUGUCACUUUUGUUGGUUUCCAAACAUAUAAAAUACAACUGAUGGAUGAGGCCAUAGUGACAGAAGAGUCAGCCAUCCUGUUCCUAUUUGGAGCAUAGUGUAAUAACUGCCUUAAUAAGAUCAUAUCUUCAUCAUUGGAACUACAGUGGUGUCUGUAUUGCUUCUUAUACUGCCUCUACCUGUUGCUGUUUCUGCCUCAGCCAGGCACAAUACCUCCAAGAUCUCAUAUUGCACCAUAUCAGUGGGUGCUUGUGCACUAUCUACCCCCA